AUGCCCACAGGUGAGCGGCGAGGUCGCGUGGGACCCGUUCGUUUUAGAACGUUUUUGCGCAACACCGUCCUUGACGUAAUGCGCAGUCGUGGGUGGCUUGAGACCGACAGCGACCUCGGCUGGGACGUGUUUUGGGCCGAUGUGGGGUGGAUUCGCGAGGUGUACGACCACGUGCGGCUAGACGACAUGCAGCGAAUCAACCACUUCCGCAACCACUUUGAGCUUACCCGCAAGGACUUCAUGGUAAAGAAUCUGAAGCGUAUGCGGAAGAGCCUCGAGCGGGAGGGACGCGUAGACGAGGCGAUGGAGUUUGACUUUUUCCCCGUCACCUUCUCGUUACCACAGGAUUACGGAAUCUUCGAGAUGGAGUUUCGCCGUCAGCCAAACGCCAUUUGGAUCAUGAAACCACCAGCAAAGGCGCAAGGCAAAGGCAUUUUUCUUUUUUCAAAGAUAUCCCAGAUUGCGGAGUGGCGGAAGGACUACAAGCAACGGCAGGUUGGAGGGACGGGUGAGAAGCCGGGUGGUUCCUACGGAACGGAGCCAGUGGAACCGUAUUUGGCGCAGCGCUACAUUGACAACCCGCACCUGGUGGGUGGGAAAAAGUAUGAUCUACGUGUCUACGUUCUUGUGACUAGCUACGCCCCGCUUACGAUAUGGCUACACCGCACUGGAUUUGCACGCUUUUGCUAUCAACGGUUCUCGCUGAAGGAUAUUGACAACACUUUUAUUCACGUCACAAACGUUGCAGUUCAGAAAACAAAUCCAAAAUAUACUCCGUUAUCAGGGUGCAAGUAUGGGCUGCGCAACCUUCGCCAGUACAUUACCGCCUCGCGUGGAGUGGAGGCGGCACAGAAGGUGUUUGACGAUAUACAGAACAUGAUUUUGCGUUCCUUGCAUGCUGUGCAGAAAGUUAUUGUGCAAGAUAAACAUUGCUUUGAGCUUUAUGGCUAUGAUAUUAUGGUGGAUAAUGAGUUGCACCCUUGGCUUAUUGAAACAAACGCGUCCCCUUCGCUUUCUGCUGAGACGCCUGCAGACUAUCAUCUAAAAUUUAACAUGCUGGAGGACAUGUUCAACGUUAUUGAUAUAGAGAAACGCCGUACGGGGGAUGAAGUCCGCGUGGGUGGAUUUGACUUGAUUUGGAAGAAUGGCGCGGCGGGUUCUUCGAGUCGCGGGGAUGCGAAGGGUGGUGGGGUCACGCAAUCUUUUUUGGGCUGCGCAAACGAGUUUGAAAUUCCUAUUUCGCAUAUGCGAAUGCCCCCACGACUACAGCAGAUAGAUAGUAGCGAGCGAUUGUUGACGUAA